CCCGGAAGCGCCGCCGCCGCCAUGGACCCCGCCGCUCCCCCCCCAAAACGCCGCGGGCCCGCCCGCUUGGCCGAUCCGCGGCCUCUGUUCGAGGAUACGAGCGCUACCGGGGCCUCACCGGGCCGCGGGUUCGGGGCUCCGCCGCCGCCUUCGGCCUCGUCGGCCUCGUCAUCUUCAUCAUCCUCGGCCCCGUUCGGGCCGCCCGGGGCGUUCCUGGCCGAGCCCGUGAGCUCGCUGGCCGCGGCCUACGGGAGCAGCCUGGCCUCGCAUGUGGAGGGGAACCUGGGCCGCUGGGUGCCCGUCAGCCGCCUCAAGUAUUACUUUGCUGUGGACACCGUGUACGUGGGCAGGAAACUGCGGCUGCUCGUCUUCCCCUUCGGCCACCAGGACUGGCAGGUGCGGUACCAGCAGGACACCCCGGUCGCUCCUCGCUUCGAUGUCAACGCCCCCGACCUCUACAUCCCGGCCAUGGCCUUCCUCACCUACAUCCUCCUCGCCGGCCUCGCUUUGGGCACCCAAAACAGAUUUUCCCCGGACAGCCUGGGGUUGGUGGCGAGCUCAGCGCUGGCCUGGCUGCUCCUGGAAGUUCUCAGCGUCCUCCUGAGCCUUUACUUGGUCACCGUCAGCACCGACCUGACCCCCAUCGACCUCCUGGCCUUUGCUGGCUACAAAUACGUGGGGAUGAUUAUCCGCACCCUGAGGCUGAAGCUGCUCUCGGAUGCCUCAGCCAAGGGGCACUUAGGGCCCAUUUGGAUCCGCACCCUGAGGCUGAAGCUGCUGUCGGAGGCGGCGGCCGAGGGGGUUUUGGUGCGCGGGGCCAAGAACCAACUGCGCAUGUACCUGACCAUGGCCAUCGCCGCCGCCCAGCCGCUCUUCAUGUACUGGCUCACCUUCCACCUGCUCCGCUGAGGGCCAGAAUUCCCAAAAAAUCCUGGAAUUCACAGGGAAAAAUCCUGGAAUUGGCAGGAAAAUGUCCUGGAAUUUCAGCGUUGCUCCCCAAAAAAAUCCCCGCGUUUUUCGGGUUUCAAUAAAUGGAAUUUUGAAGGAA